UGUCGACAUGGAGGCAGCACGGCAGCGAACUUGUCACAUUCAUGGUAACAUUUGAUUGUGGCUCCUUUGUAAUAUGUCUGCUGGCCGUUGAUUCAAGGCUGGUUGCAAUCUUGGGCUUUCUCGGAUCCUCUAAGGAAUACAGUGAUGGCCUCCCUUUUUGGCCGAAACCGAUCUCCUUAGCCGGACCUGAGGCUCUGCGCCGCUCGCCAUCCGAUCUUCUCAUUGCUCGGCACAACAAGUCUAAUGUUUCGGAUUGGGUAAAUGGCACGAUGCAGGCCGGCUGUUGUUUUCGGAAGUCCGGUUGGCGCCCUGUGCGGACCAUUCUGGAAAUGGCUGGGCCGGCCCGCCCGGUCGAAACGAAACAACAACAUCAAUCCGCGGCGCGAUGGUUUUUUGGAGCUGGUUACGGCCAGCUCGAGGCCCCAAGGAAGGUCUCGCAAACCAGUGGAAAGAGCAAGUUGGAUGACAUCGGCGCAGAGCAUAAAUUGGCCGGCUCCUUCUUCCCGAAUGACAGCAGUUCAGAGAACAGCAUCAGCAUUGCAGCAACGAAGACAGUUCUGAUUCAACUUUGGCAUAACUUGACCAGCCAGCUAUUCAUUGUCUCGUUACCCGAUUCUUAUCUAACAACCGACAACAUGCGUGCCACCGCCACCGUCCUCUUCAUCGCCUCCCUGGCCAGCACCGCACUUGGCGCUGCUACCAAGUUCUACUCCGAUGACAAGUGCGAGCACGAGAUUGGCAAGAAGGUAUACAACGGCUUUAGCACCGGCGACGCCCCGAUUCCCAAGGAGGCUGUGGCCAUCAAGAGCGACUCCAUCAUGGACGUCUGGUACUCGUACCAGCGCAACGAUGGCAAGAACUGCCAGGGCGACCUCAUCCUCAGGCUCGACAACGGCAAGUGCUACAAUCUUGAGAAGGACCUGGGGAGCGCCGGUUGCACUAGGCUCUGCGUCAACGCCCUGGGCGGCGGUGAGUGCGCCUCGAGCCCGGCCUAAGUGCGCCGGCCACUUCGAGCGCCCGCACGGUGGUCUGUUCCAGUUAUUCUUUGUUAUUACUCAGUUUGGAGCAAAGUAGUAGGUCUGCGC